UUCUGAUUGUUAAGUUAAUCUUUAAUUUAUUUAAUAGGGUAUACAAGAUAUUGAUGCAGUAAAACAAGCAUUAGAUAUAAUUCUACUUGAUGAUAAUUUAAAUUCAAUUUUCAAAGCUGUUAUAUGGGGUCGUAGUAUUUAUGAUCCAAUAGCAAAAAUUUUUCAAUUUAAAUUAAUUGUUAAUUUUGUUACUCUACUUUGUGUUUUUAUUGGAGUAUGUAUUGUUAAAGAAUCUCCAUUGCGUAUUGUAUAA